AUGUCAACUCUCUUAGACCCGAUUACUGUUGGCGGAAAGCUGUCCCUCCGGAACCGUGUGGUGAUGGGCUCAAUGACUCGAAACCGAUGCAUCAACGAUGGUAAACCGGGUCCGGCGCAGGUCAAGCACUAUGUAGAUAGGGCUCGAGAUGGCGCCGGUCUCAUCGUAGUCGAAGGCAUAUUUGUCGAUUGGACCGGGUGCGACUGGAGUUUCGCCCCUUUCAUGAUCACAUCCGAACACGCCCAGGCAUGGCGAGUGGUCACUGAUGCCGUUCAUGAGGUUGGGGGCAAGAUCUUCUUUCAAGCAUGGCAUGCAGGCCUGUGCCAGCAUGACGAGAUGCCAAUCAUGAAGAAGCAUGGUGGUGUUGUUCUGGCUCCUUCUGCCGUCAAAGCCAAUGCCGGGAAGUAUCGAGACUUGCCAGGAAAGCCUGGACACACCCACAACGUCGUUGCAAUCGAAGACCCGAAAGAUGUGAUUGAGACAUAUCGAAACUCGUGUCGUUUGGCCAAACAGGCUGGGUUCGACGGCGUCGAGUUGCUUGCUCAGGGUCGCGUCAACAGGAGAACCGAUGCCUAUGGCGGCUCCGUCGAAAACAGAUGCCGCUUCGUAAUCGAGCUCACCGAAGCCUUGGCUACGAUCUUUGACGGCCCCGAAUUCGUUUGCGUCAAGUUGAACCCCACUGACUUCUAUAAUGACUCAGUUGUCACUUUUGAAGAGAUGAAGCAAACUUACACCUACCUGAUCAAGGAACUCGUCCGCCGCAAGGUUGGAAUCAUCAACCUUUCUCGCAGAGGGGCUGAUGCCACCGCCGGCAUCGGCGACUUCUUUGGACACGACGGUCGGCCUGAAGGCUAUGGUCUACCCGAGGGGUACGAUCCCGUUCUCGACUUUGGGAGCCUCGUCAAGUUUCCUGAAGAGAAGUUGGACUUGCUCACUUUUGGUAGACCGUUCAUCUACAACCCGGAUAUCGUCAACAGAAUCAGGCAUGGCAUUGCGUUUGCAGAAAAUGAUCGGGGCAACACAGUCUUCUAUGGUCCUUAUCAGACUCCAGAUGAGAACUACAACGACUGGCCCGCUGCCCGCAUCUGCCCGAAACCCAACGCUUGA